CGGGGAUGUGUGCAGCAAAGAUAUAUGACCGGCGGAGAGCAAGAACCAGUGCGAAAGGACCAGUAAAGGACAAACUGGGGCUUAACAGGUGUCAAACAUGUCUGUUGAUUGGGUAGGAUAUGGGUACGCAGCCCUGGUCGCCUCCGGGGGGGUAAUGGGCUACGUCAAAGCAGGCAGCGUGCCCUCCCUGGCCGCUGGUCUAGUCUUCGGUGGGCUUGCCGGCCUCGGUGCUUAUCAGGUGUCCAAGGACCCUACUGACAUCUGGAUCUCCCUCGCUACGUCUGGAGCGCUGACAGGCGUCAUGGGAAAGAGGUUCUACGGGUCGAGGAAGUUCAUGCCCGCUGGUCUGGUCGCUGGAGCAAGUCUUCUGAUGAUGGGGAAGCUUAGCAUGGCGUUGCUUCAGAAACCCCAGGACUCCUAAAAUGAUUUCUACUGCUACGGAAAGUUUUCACUGGAAAUCCACUCUGCAAUAUCUUCAGGACCAGCCUGUCAACACUCGCUAAUAUUGUUUAAAUGCUUUGCAUGUGUUUUGUAAAAAAAAAUGUUAAGUUGAUGAAUAAACAAAUCGUGUUUACAUAGUAGUGUAUUUUU